AACAUUGCUUUCCGUUCUCUCUCUCUCUCUCUCUCUCUCUCUCUCUCUCUCUCUCUCUCUCAGCACGUUUCUUAAUUUAGAGAAACCAAUUUCUAGCUUGUUGUGUGAUGUAUUGAAGCAGUUUGGCCCAUUGGUUUCUGUUCAAAUUCAGUUGCCCAGAUAGCUCAGGUACCGUGUCUUUCACAAAUCGUCAUUUAAUUAGUCUCAGUUGUUCUUGAAACUUCUUUGAUUAAUCUUAGCAAGUGAAAAAAAGAAAGAGAGAAGCAAGAAUCAGAAAUGGGUAUUGGUGUUUUAAUUGUAGCUAGCUAGGCCCAUCUGAGGAAGGUGAUUAAUUGGUCGUCUCAGGGCUUAGAAUUUACAGUUUGAUUGAAUUCAAUGCAAUCCCUUCAUGACUAAAAAGUGUUUGUAUGGUGUUGAAGCAGAGGUAGCCAAAAAGAAGAGAUCUCAUGGACUUAGAUAAUCAUCACCAUUACCAGCCUCACCACAACCCCGGCAGCCUAAUGCGGUUCCGGUCGGCCCCCAGCUCCUUCUUUGCAGGCCUAAUAGGAGGAGGAGGCGGCGGCGGCGGCGAGUUUGUUCAGUAUGAAGACUUCCCCAAAAGUCCCGAUUCCGAAGCCAUGUUUGAGAGGCUCGUUUUGAGUGCUAAUGGUUCUGGGGAUGCAGACUCAGGCGGUAUGCGUGAAAGCACUUCGCCGCAGAUGGAAAUGGACUCCGUUCCACAGCCGCAGACUGGAUUCUCCGCGGCACCCUCGGUGAUUUACCAGCCGCCGAGCUCUCUGCAGCCCCUGCAUGCUCACAGUUCCGUUUCGGUUGUCAAUUCUAUGGGUGCCGCCGGAAACUGCUCUAAUCUUAUGAGGCAGACUAGCUCUCCGCCCGGCCUUUUUGAUAGCAUGACUGUUGAUAAUGGCUUUUCCAUUGGGAGGGAUGCGGGAAUUUUCCCAACAGGAAAUGGUGCUAAUGGUGGAGGAGAAGUCAAUUUGUCGACCCGCAUGAAUUUCCCGAAAGGACCACCUAGGCAUAUGCCUCAGAUUGCUGAAAUCGGGAUGGAGAGCAUGGAUACAAGCAGCUCCGAGAAUGGAAUUUCAGGUAAUGCGAGUGAUGGUGGCAGCAAUGGAUGUUACAGUAUUCCCAGCUUCGCAAGUGACUCUAAUUGGGAUGAUUCUGUGUUUGGAUCCAUGGAAAGGAGCAGAGAACAUGAUCAUGGGAAGAUGUUCACUAGUUUUAGUGCAUUGGGAGCUCAGAAUGGAAAUGCUGGGAACACCACUCCUGGUCUGGCUCACCACUUGAGCUUGCCCAAAAACUCGAGUGCCGAAAUGGCCAUUGUUGAAAAUUUCCUGCGGUUUCAAGAUUCAGUUCCCUGUAAAGUUCGGGCGAAAAGGGGUUGCGCCACUCAUCCACGAAGCAUUGCAGAAAGGAUGAGAAGAACACGGAUUAGCGAGAGAAUGAGGAAACUGCAAGAGCUGUUUCCAAACAUGGACAAGCAAACCAACACUGCUGAUAUGCUAGAGUUGGCAGUUGAAUACAUUAAAAACCUGCAGAAACAAGUCAAGACACUCACGGAUACUCGGGCGAACUGCACGUGCUCGAGUAGACAGCAACAAUUCUCAGAUCCUAUUGCAUGACCACUUGAAAGUUGAAUCUGUACAGACACUGACUACGAAAACAAAGGCAGAAAAAGAGAAAUAAAAGCAUGUAUAUAUAGCUGUAGCUUAGUUUCUUGGUGGAUGCAGUGAAAAAAAAAAAAAAAAAACCAAUAAUCUAAGAUUGUAGCCGACUAGCUAGUUGAUGUGGAUGUAGAGGAGAUCAAGUGCAGAUAAAAUCUUUACAUCCAACAAUUCUUCCAAUAAUGAUGGUGCCCGUGAAGAUUAUCAAUUGAAUAGCCCCAUGUUCAUGUCAUAACUCCUUGUGUGAAAUACAGAGUGCUUGGAUCGCAGAAGUUUCUAAAUUAAGCCGAGAACUGCGAGUGGGGUUAGAAGUUUAGCUUUAUAAAUCUUAAGCUCAAUGUUUACAACUCCAUUUCCACCCAAUGCUGAUUCAAUCCCGCUUUGUCUAAUUGUUUUGAGUCACCAUUUAUAUGAAUGAUUAGCAUGUUAGUUAAA